AAUGGAACAAUAGAGAGGAGAGUGCCUUUUGCCAAAUCUUGUUGUACUUAUUACGAUCCAAAGAGGCUGAGCAACCUCACAGAUCAAUUUCUGUUGUUGAAGUUCCGUUUUGGGCAAAAUCCUAGAUAUUUCGAGGACUAUAUCGUAGAUGUGCGUGGUAUCCUAAAAUUUUCGGAAGAAGUAAAACGAAAUGGAAGUCAAUUACUUUUCUCCUUGAAAAACUACUCUGAGUCUAUGUGCAUUCACGUGCGCAUGGGUGAUUUCGUUAUAAGACGUAUCUCAACUGAUAUGAACAUCACUGUGGAAGCUGCCAAUAAGAUCGCCAAGAAAAUGGUAUGUUCAUCGCACUUUAUGAUUUUCGGAGACGAUAAAAAAUUCAUGACCAAUAUGUCACGAAAUAUUGUGAACUCCGGUGGAUGGAAAGAUGAUUUACUGGCUAUCUCAAAAUACAAGGACUACCUGGAUUUGUUUUUGGCAUCUCAAUUAUGUAGCUCAUUCCUGAUUACUGCGGCCACCUCAACUUUUGGCUGGUGGCUUGCUUUCUUUGUGCAAAACCAAAAUGCAGUCUACUACUUGAACGAUACCAGAAGACAUGCAGACAAAGUGCCC